CCAACCACCAAAGGCGUUCUCCUGUCACGGCAAUGGCCUGUAUCUAGCGAAUGUGACAGAGAUAAUGGUCGAGAAUGAGAUCUGAGCGAAGCCCUAGGCCCAUUCACGGAUCGAACAUCCCAAUGAACUAGCGUCCGCUUAUCAAGCGGGUCAGCGACUGCAUAAGCGGACGUCAAACCCAAUCAGGCCAGAGAACGGCAAGGUACCGCAGAUGCCGCGCACAGUCCCUUGGGUAGAAGCGUUUGAGAUUGUCGGGUUUCGAUCCAAUGGAUUUCCCGACACACGUCAUCAGACCUCGCGUAUACACACACUUGCAUUGACCUAACGAGCGGGAUGGGUAUGAGAAUGUCGAUCAGUGGGAUUAUCCUGGCGGGGUGACCAUAUUAGAGGCCUGCAUUGUAAAAGCACGGGCAGGUCAGCCCAUUUCUCGAUUUCACUCUUCGCCAUAAGCUUCAGAUCCCCCCACACUACUACAGUGAUACUUGCUAAUGACACCAGCAUUCAAAGUCAUUAUCGUCGGUGGAGGCCCCGUCGGGCUCACCGCCGCGCACGCUCUCCACCACGCUGGGAUCGACUUCGUGGUUCUUGAGGCCCGCGAUUCGGUCGUCCUUGACCAGGGCGCCAGCGUGGUCCUGGCACCACCCAGCCUGCGUGUGAUGCACCAACUAGGUCUUUUGACGCGACUGUCCAAGAUCAGUGGCGAGAUCUACCAGGUCACCUCCUUCACGCGGGACGGAUAUGCGUUCGCCGAGAACACGGCCAUCUCUCGAGUUUUUAGAAAGAACCACGGAGCCGGAAUGACCUACUUUCAUCGCGCCCAGAUCAUCGAGAGCAUCUACGAUGCACUGCCUGCCGCUGCGAAAGCCCGGUACUUUCUGGGCAAAAAACUUGAGACUAUCAAGACGCAAGACCACGGUGUACGCGUCAGGUGUACCGACGGGAGCACGUAUGAUGGGUCGAUGGUGCUGGGUGCCGAUGGGGCGCAUAGCAAAACGCGGACCCUGAUGCGCGAGCUGGCGCUGGCCGAGGGGCCGUCGGCUCAGCUUAAAUGCAAAGACGAGGCCUCGUUCCCGGCACAGUAUCGAUGCCUGUGGUGCAGCUUUCCCAGACCGGGCGCCGCUGACGUAAAGGUGGGCCAUGGCUCAGUCACACACUCCAAAGACAUGUCGGUCAUGUUUCUGGCCGGGAGGGAGCGAGGUUGGGUGUUCCUGUUCGAGCGGAUACCAAUGGGGCCGACGACGGAGCGGAUGCGCUACACUGAAGCAGAAAUGAAGGCGUAUGCGGCACGGUUCGCUGACUUCCACGUGUCGAGAACACUGAAGGUCAAGGAUGUGUACGCGGCGCGUUUGACUGAUGGAAUGGCGAAUCUAGAGGAAGGGAUUCUGGGGCAGUGGAGCUGGGACGGGCGGAUUGUUCUGGCAGGCGAUGCGUGCCACAAAUUCACCCCGAACGCGGGACAGGGGUUGAAUAAUGGAAUCCAGGAUGUGGUGGCGCUGUGCAACGGGCUGCAUGCGCUACUGCGAUCGACCGGUCCCGACGUAACACCGCACAAGACCUCCUUAGCCAAGGUCUUCGAGGAGUACCAGAAGAUCAGGGCCGCGCCGUUGAAAGCCGACGCCGACCAUUCGCGAUCUCAAACGCGACUGGACGCCUGGGCAAGUCCAUACUAUCACUUCCUGGCUCGCUAUGUUAUUUCCUUCGCUUGGGUGAUGUGGUUCCUCGUGAACUUUAUCGCCGCGCGCGCAACGAAGAAGGCCUUAGUGUUGGAUUAUAUCCCUGCGGACGAACCAUUUCCUGACGCGCUGGUUAGCUGGGAACAUCCGCUCAAGAAUGAAGUCAAAGCAGGAUAGGCCAGGUUGUGAGGAACUUUUGAGGGAAAGGAGGGCGUUCUGUCACUGUGGCCUUUACAAUAUAGUUAAUGCCCUCAUCAUCUGUAUCUGUUAUUGCUAUCCCUCCCAGACCGACUUAUUGUCUUCUUCUCGAAAUAGCGCAUCGUGCAAGACGACAUAGCUCCGCCACGAAGUCUCGCAUCAAGUAGACAUCAGCACAAUAGCAAAAGUAAGUAUGU